GAACUGGAGCCUGUCCACAUUAAAGAGGAGGAGACGGAACUGGAGCCUGUCCACAUUAAAGAAGAGACUGAUCUGGAGCGUGUCCACAGUAAAGAGACUAUAGACUUGUUGUUUAAGGAUACAGAAAACAUAUCCCGGCGAAGGAUAUCACAUCAGUGUGCAGAAUGUGGGAAGAGCUUCAGUAAGUCAAGACACCUAAAAAAACACCAGCGAAUUCACACUGGAGAGAAGCCGUAUCAUUGUACUGAAUGUGGGAAAAGCUUCAUUGAGUCAGGAAACCUAAGAAGACACCAGCAAAUUCAUACUGGAGAGAAACCAUAUCACUGCUCUGAUUGUGGGAGAAGCUUCAUUCAGUCAGGAAGUCUAAAGAGACACCAGCAAAUUCACACUGGAGAGAAACCAUAUCACUGUUCAGAAUGUGGGGAGAGCUUCAGUCGGUUAGGAAACCUAAGAAGACACCAGCAAAUUCACACUGGAGAGAAACCACAUCACUGUUCAGAAUGUGGAGAGAGCUUCAGUCGGUUAGGAAACCUAAAAAUACACCAGCGAAUUCACACUAGAGAGAAGCCGUAUCACUGUACUGAAUGUGGAGAGCGCUUCAGUUGGUUUGGAAGGCUAAAUAUACACCAGCAAAUUCACACUGGAGCCAGCCUCUCUCCAUCCUAGUCCCUUAAAUACUGAGAAACUCCAACCUUGUUGUAUACUGGAGCCUUGCUUCAGUGCAGUGGAAUUUAAUGGGUAGAUUGCUGUAUGUGCAAUUAUGAGGACAGCCCCACAAUGAUAGCUGUUUAAAUGUACUGUGAAAAAUAUAUGCAAAACAUACUUGCUGCAACAUUACCAUUAUUACUACAUUCAUAGUUUAUACAGUUUGUGAAUAAUUGAUAUAAACCAUCUGUUUGACAGUAACAGCUGGUGCUUUUGUGGAAUCACCAUUAGCUGUUUUGGUUACCAGUCCUUUUGGUUGCUGGUAUUUUGUAUCAGAAUGCUCUCAUUACUGUACACCCUAAGGCAAACUUGGCUAUUUAGAAAGGGUUUCAUUGACAUUGAAUUUGAUUUCCUGUAAAGGGUGCAUUAUUAUGUUUCCAUUACCUCUAAGUAAAAGGUUUGUCAUUUUUAAACCUC